CUUGCCGGCCGCCGUCGUGUCUCCGUCAGUUUCUUCUUGACUUUCCUCCUUUCACUCCUGCGCAGCUCCGAGCCGCCUGCUUUUUUUUUGCAGCUCCCUUUUCCCUUCCCCCCCUUUCCUCGCUUCCUCGUCUUCUGGCCCAACAAAUGUCGGAGUACAACGCGGUGCCGCCACCCGGAUCCGGGCCCGCUCUCGGUAACGGAGCGGGAGGCAUCAAGAAAGAUGCGUUUGCAGACGCGGUGCAGCGGGCCCGACAGAUUGCAGCUAAGAUCGGGGGCGAUGCCGGACCUCCUCCUCCUCUGAACAACACUGCAUCAGAUGGCUUUCCGUUCACUGCACAGAAACGACAGCUGGAGGAUGCAGAUGAACCUGAGAGCAAGAAGCUGGCUGCACAGAGCGACUUGGAUUCAGCCAAAGCUUUGUCUAUUGGUGCACAGCUGGCUGCUCUUGCACAACAAAGGCCCGCCUCCACCACAGAGGAGUACAGUGUACCAGACAGCAUGGUGGGACUCAUUAUUGGCCGUGGAGGUGAACAGAUCAAUAAGAUUCAACAGGAGUCAGGUUGCAAGGUUCAGAUAGCUCCAGACAGUGGAGGUCUUCCAGAGAGGAGCGUCUCUCUCACAGGCUCCCUUGAAUCCAUACACUCUUCCCCGGCUAGGAAAGCCAAGAUGCUGUUGGAUGAGAUAGUGUCACGAGGAAGGGGCACACCCCCUUCUUCUUAUCACGAGUCCACAAAUGGGCAGAACGGCACAGUGCAUGAGAUGAUGAUCCCAGCUGGCAAGGCUGGUCUUGUCAUUGGCAAGGGUGGAGAGACCAUCAAACAGCUACAGGAGCGUGCAGGGGUGAAGAUGAUCCUGAUCCAGGAUGCCUCUCAGGGACCCAACGUCGACAAGCCUCUGCGCAUUAUCGGCGAUCCCUACAAAGUGCAGCAAGCCCAGGAGAUGGUGCAGGAGAUCCUGAGGGAGAGAGACCACGGCGGCUUUAGUGAAAGGAACGACUUUGGAUCCCGUAUGGGAGGAGGCAUGGAUAUCCCGGUACCACGACACUCAGUCGGAGUGGUCAUUGGGCGCAAUGGAGAGAUGAUCAAGAAAAUCCAAAAUGAUGCCGGAGUUAGGAUACAGUUCAAACAAGAUGACGGGACUGGUCCAGAUAAGAUCGCACACAUCAGCGGUCCUCCUGACCGCUGCGAGCACGCUGCCCAGAUAAUAAAUGACCUGCUGCAGAGCAUCAGGGUCAGGGAGGAGGGACAGGGGGGUCCCCCGGGUCCUCCGGGCAUGCCUGCUGGCAACAGGGGCCGAGGUGGAGGACAAGGCGGUUGGGGCCCCCCUGGAGGGGAAAUGACCUUCUCUAUUCCUGCUCACAAGUGUGGACUAGUGAUUGGCCGGGGAGGAGAGAACGUCAAAUCCAUUAACCAGCAGACGGGGGCCUUUGUGGAAAUCUCUCGACAGCCGCCCCCGAAUGGAGACCCCAACUUCAAGCUGUUUAUCAUUCGGGGCUCACCGCAGCAGAUCGACCACGCCAAGCAGCUCAUUGAAGAGAAGAUUGAAGGUCCUCUGUGUCCUGUGGGCCCGGGGCCAGGUGGACCAGGUCCUGCUGGCCCGAUGGGUCCCUACAACCCCAACCCGUACAACCCUGGACCACCCGGAGCGCCUGGACCACCACACGGUGGUCCUCCAGGUCCUCACCAGUACACUCCUCAGGGCUGGAGCAACACCUACCAGCAGUGGCAGCCCCAGGCACCCCAUGACCCCAGCAAGGCAGCAGCCAAUGACCCCAACGCAGCCUGGGCGGCCUACUACGCUCAGUACUACCAGCAGCCGUCGGGGGCUGUGCCAGCCCAGUACCCCGCUAACCCAGCUGGAGGUGCCCAAACUUCAGGGGACCAGUCCCAGCCUGCACAGACGCCAGGAGCCCAGCCAGACUACACCAAGGCCUGGGAGGAGUACUACAAGAAGAUGGCCCAGGCAGGUGGUUCUGUCCCUGGGACAGCAGCCGCAGCACCAGGAGCAGCAGGGGGAGCAGCAUCUACAACAGGGGGCCAACCAGACUACAGUGCAGCCUGGGCGGAGUACUACAGGCAGCAGGCUGCAUACUACGGACAGUCAGGACAGGCCCCCGGCCAGCCAGCCACUCCACAGCAAGGACAGACGCAGUGAGAGUUCAUGGCAGAACAUCUCUGAUGCCGGAGAGACUCGGAGAGACUUGAUGGGAAGAAGAAGAAGAAGAAGGCGACCUUGAACUUAAGGCCAGAAUUUAGCCUGCUAAGAUCUUUUUUUUUUUUUUUUCCU